AUGGAAUAAGAGAGCUAAGAAAUCAGAUCUGCAUUCCCAGAAUAUCUCACAAAUACCCAAGAAGACGGUGAACAUCUCGACUAGUGUUUGUAAUAAUUCGAAACAUUGAUCAAUAAUUACAAAGAUGAACAAAAUAUCUUAUCUGCGAUAGAAUCAAAGAUUACUAUGGUUAUUAAUUAAACUCCAUUGUCAUCAAUAAUUGAUUGUUAUGUUAACAUUUCUAAAGACUAUAAUUUAUAAACUAAAAUGUAUAGAGUAUCUAAAUUCCAUGAUUAAAAAUAUUUGCCUCAAAUUCCAAUAUUAAAUCAAUAUCUGGAAAACAAGAUUAAAAGUCUACCUUGGCCAGUUAUUGGUGAUGUAAAUUCUAAUCAAUUAUAAGAAUAAUUGAUCAAACUCUAUAAUUUUAACUAUGGGAGAAUAGCAUAGCAUGAAUUAUUGUUAUUAUGGUUUCCAUCAUUGAUAAAACCAUAUUUUAAUGUGCUAGAUGGUUUAUUAAAUACUCAAACAAAGUUAUCAUAAGAUGAGAAAUACUAUUUUGCAAUAAUGGGAGCUGCUGCAUCAGGGAGCGAUUAGUUAUAUGAUUUAUUAGUCUAGCAGUUUUAUUUGAAUGAAGGAGACAAAAAUUGGGUGGAUUUGGGUUAUGAGAGUGUUGAUGACAAGAUCAAAUCCCUAAAUACCAUUUGCAAAAUCUUGGUUUAAAAACCAUGGGAAUAAUCUCUGAAAAAUACAUUGUAAUAGAUAAUGAAGAAUAAUAAGUGGAACAAAAGAGAAUUAAUUCAAGCAUUAAUGAUAUUCAUCUUUUAUAAUAAUAUUGGAUGUUUCUCAUAAGGCAAUGGAAUACUGAAGGAAAUUGAUUAUACUCUCAAUUUAUAAUCUGGUAAUACUAGUAUUAGUUUUACAUUACCUUAAGAACAAUAAUAAUAAUAGCAAAUAGAUUUAACAUAAAAUGAAUAUAUCAUUCAAGAAUUAAAGAAUUAAGCACUUUUAGAUAAUCAAAAUUGCUCAUCAGAUAAAAACAUAUAAGUCAAAUCCAAAUAACAAUCCAUUGAUGAACCUUAAGAAAUGUCUGAUUUGGAUGAAGAACAAUUAAUAUUAAAAUUCAAAGAGAAAUUUUAAAAGUAUUUCACAAUUGAUGAAAUUAAGGAUUCUACUGGAUAUUAAAUAUUGAGAUUUUCUGAAUAUAAUUUUUAAAUGAAUAGUUAUCCUGUUUUAAAGUCAUUAUACCCUGAAGGAGCACAGAAAAUGCAUGAUUUUUUAUUGGAAGUAAAAUAAAUGACAAGAAAUACAUUUGGCAAAGAAUAAUAGAUCACUACGGCGGCUUUCAGAAAGGCGAUAAGAGUUUAUGCUUAGAAUAUAUAUCGAUAUUAACAUGAUGAUAUUGAUUAUUCAACUUAGAUGAAUAAAUUAUUACCAAAAGAACUGAAGGCUUUCAUAAAGAUUGUGAGUUUGACACCAAAUUUAUUAUAAAAGAAACAUCUAGAGUUUAUACCUCUGAAAUUAAGUGCUGAUGAAUUAUGUCAUAUCACAUUGUUGACCAUUGCUGCCAAAAUUGAAGUUCAAUUGAUAUAUUUAUCUAAAGCUUUAGUAGAUUGUAUGUGA